AGAUUUCUAACCAACUUCCACUACACCUACAGUUCUUCAUAAACCGUACCAUAAUUAACAUUUAAUAACACCAACAAGGCCACAAAAACAAAACACUACCCUCUCAUUUUCUCCCACAUAUAAAUUAAAGUAAAAAUUCAUUCAACAUUAAAGAAACAAAAACAACAACAGCAUGACCAUGGACCGAACAUCAUCACAAAGCAGUUCAUCAGAUUCACCAUCAAGAGACACAAAAGUCUUAUCAAUAGAAUGUUUCAGAGGAAGUUCUAAAUCAGAUGAAUGGACAGGUGACAUGUUACAAACUGGUGAUAUAGUUGAAGAGCUUCGAGUUGGUGGUUCUGCUAACUCACUGAUUCGGUUUAAAUCUCCUUUUAAGAAUGGUAAAACUGGUGUUAAUAAGAUUCUUCAAGAAGCUUAUAAGAAGAAAGACACUUCUAUCCUUGUAAGAGUUCGUCGUGGAAUUGAUGAGUUUGUUGAGUUACAAGGUUGUAUUGUUCCUAAUGAUUUGUCUGGUAAUAAGAAGAGUUAUGUUCUUAGGUCUAUUACUGAUCCUAAUUAUCUUGUUGGUUUUUUGGAUCGAACUGAAGCUGAAUGCUUCCAACUCCAAGCUACAAGGACUAGUAGGAUGGUAAAUGAGCUAACAAGUACCCGAGUACAGGAUGGAUUUGUGUCCUAUCCAUGGGAGAGGAGGAUGCAGGAGUUGCUAUCAGUUCCCAAUUCUAGCAACUUUAUUUCCAUAUUACUUCUUCCCAAAGCUUCAGAUAGGGUAGCUUCUCGCUACAAUGAUGUGGAGGACACCUUAGCCAGGGCAAAUGCAUGGCUUAAUGCAGCUCAAGCUUCAGGGGUUCCUAUCGUCUUUAUGAAUAUUCAAACUGAGUCUUUACUUACAAAGAUAUCUGGAGAGACGGCUUCUUCCACCGUAAACACAGGAUCAUUAUCUGAUUUAUGCAACAUUGCAAAUGCAAGCCUUUAUGGUUUUGAAGAUUAUCAUGGAGUAGACAUCGGUGUUGUUAGAGCAAUUCGACUAUGGUAUGCUCCGAUGGGAGGAGAGUUAUCAAUAGAGAUAAAACUAAAAGAUGAUGACACAAAGCUUGGCUUCGCCAUUAGUCGUACAGAAGAGGGUUUUAUAUUCAUCUCAUCAUCAGUUAUCGAUGAAGGUAAAGAAAAUUCACCGGCCACACGGUCAGGGCUAAGCAAUCUAUACAAACUAGCAACAGACACAUCAAGGUUAUUGGUAGUUUCAAGGAUUUCAAAUCAAAGAGUCCUUCCAUGGAUGGUGUCUUCAACAGGAGCAAUUCGAUGUUACGACACAGUUUCAUUGAGCCAGAAACUCUCCUUACACCGACAUACUAAAGUUCCUAUUCUCCUACAUGUCUUCCUUUGGGACAGAACAAUGGCUACUUCAAGUGUAGGAAGCACAAAACCGCGACCCUUGUCUCCCUCUGUGUUGCCAUUACCACGCGAAGUUCAACUGGCACACCAACCAAAUGAGAACCAAGUACAGCCAUUGUCAUGUGAAGGAUCUGAUUCAGGUGAUAUCAAUAUCAGUAAUAGUUCUCAGCCCACACAGCUCGAGAGAGGUGCAGCUGGAGAUGUUUCGUUCAGAUUCCAGGACUUCUCUUUGUCCUCCACCACGUCCAAGUCGGUAUGAACAUGAUGAUAUAUCUCAUUAAAUGUUUAGAUACACGGUGAGUUUAACAAAAUCACAGUGACACCGUGAUUUUGUUGAAGUUUGAAUGUAUAUUUUUUGCUAAAAUCACCGUAAUUCUGAUAAACUCACCGUCUAUCCAAACAUGCAUGCUCCUUUUUGUCCGUCCACUUUGUUUCAUUGUUGUACAUACAAGGUCUUGAGGCUCUUACACUAAAAAAAGGUUAAAUUAGUGACGGAAAUUUAGAGAGGAAAAAUAUGAAAUCUUUCUAAAAUUUGUGACGAAAGAAUUAGAGAGAUAUUUCAUUUUUUACCGUCACUACUUUUCAUCACUAAUUUUAUUAUGUAGUAAUUAAUUGGGAGGGUUAGAGUAUGUUUUGUUUCAUUAGCAUGUCGACACACCAGAAGUAAAAGACAUAACAAAGCUUGUAGAAUUGCUUUUUGAAAUUAUGGGAUAAGCCUUUGUCUUUUCUUAUAAUUUUGAGGAGGGAUAAUGAGGUUACUAUAUGAAUGAAUGUGACUACUAUUUAAAUACUACUAAGAAUGUUUGUGCUUAGUAGGGACUACUUAUUUGAAAGAAGCAAUAAGUUGUUCAACUUUUUUGAAAA